UCUAGGCUGAUUUGAGGCUAUUUAGCUGGUUUUUUUGUUGUUGUUUUUGCUUCACUGUUUUGUCCUCAAUAUAGAGGGCGUUUUGUCUUUGGCCCCUCCUCGUUGUUCUCGGCCUCUGUUUUUAUCACUCUCUGAAUGAGUGAACCAAAACGAAACUGCAUUUACAACCCCUACAUUCACAUCUACAUUUAAUUAAGUCGGCAAAAAAUCGAGUCACGUCACAUCAACUUUUCCUGCAUUUCAAAUUUUUAGAUUCAUUGUCAGUUUGUUUUCUUAGUCUCAUUCCAAAAAUCACAGCAGUUGAUUCUUUGCUUUCUGCUUGUUUGUUUUAGUGCUGAUUCGGUCGUUGUUCCUGGUUUUUAUUUGGGAAAAUCAUAAUUAAGUGUGAAGUUUUAAAGGAUAAUGCUUUAGAAGUCUAAUAUUUUUUUAUGCAGAGUGUUGACCAGUUUUCUUGUCUCCAGCUCCUUCAUGUUGUCGUUCCUUGAGGAAUUCAUGGGGCCAUGCGUAGCUGUGUGUCUCUUGUCCUUGUGUUGGGAUCACUAGCACAAAGUAUGUCUUGGCAUCAAAGAGACAACUUGGUUAUAACUCAACCCAAUCAGGGACAGACACUUCUACUGAUGAACGGUGGCAUGUUAAAUAUCUACGCAAGCUGUUGUUUUGUGACGGGAAAACCUCAAAGCGGAGACAAAGUUCAAAGCCAAUGUUGCAAACAGAAUCACGAGAUUGCUCAUCGGCCUGUUGAAUAUCAGUCAAGGAAAGGCUGUAGCACUUACGAACUUCCAACAGGAUCUCAAAUAAUUUCUCAAUUCAUCAUGGAUGGAUCAAGAACACUCUUUAACGGAUCAAAGCUAACCUCACGUCUUCAGUUGGAGAACGUUUUCUUAAAGCUGCUUCUUCUACUCUUCAUUAACUUGCUAAUCAAAAGAAACACGUCUUUGGAAAUACAUUUAUUAGCAACAGCGGUCUUUCAUUGGGAAUUUGCCAUAGGGACACUUUCACCAACACCAUCAUAUUCUCUUCUACCCAGUGUAAACAACGUUACUCCGUCACUGACAAGUUUUCAAGCAACAAUUGCGAACGAUUUUUCAAGAACGUUAAACGCGAGUAUUACAGCGUCUAAAGCACUUAAUGAAUUGACUUCACAAACUGCAAGUUUUCAAAUUAAUACGCCUGUCACAAAAACAAAGUUAGCACAUUUGCAAGGUAUAUGUGAUGAGCACUGGAUUCAUGAUGGAGAUCUCUGUUACAGAGUUGUGACAGAAGCUAGAAAAUUCAAUUAUGCUGAACGAUUUUGCGCCAUAAGCUCGGCGCAUCUGAUAUCGAUAACAAGUAAAGACGAAAAUGAUAAAAUUUUUAAUUUAGUUGAGAAAUUUAUUGGCCAACCUGGCAAAAUUAAGAUAUGGUUGGGAAUGGAAAGACUAUCGUCAGAUUCUAAACUCCAUUGGAUUGACAAUAAACCGAUUGCGUACGAGAAUUGGGCACCAGGUGAACCAGACCAGACGGGCGCAUGCGUACAAAUGAUUCACAAAGGAUGGUGGGAAGACACUUCAUGCGAACAGCAGCUUCCUUACAUCUGCAAGAAAGAUAGCACAGCCAGCCUGCCUUACUCGAGAGCUACAGAGCUUGGAAUACUCAUUGGAAUACCGCUGGCUUGUUCUGCGAUCAUGUUAACGGUCGUCGGCAUUUUACUCGUGAAAAGUAUUCACGAUUCAGAGGGGACAUUUUACGGAUACGGAAAAAAUCGCGACAAGGACAAAAUACACUCUUGUCUAGUGACAAUGAGUACUAGUAUUGCGCAUGUCGGAGCUGUGGGGUAUAUCAACGAGCGCAGAUCCAACAGGUCAAGCAUGCAGUUUAAUGCUUCUGUACACUCUAGCGCCCAUUCCUCUCAACACUCACGCAACAAUUCUAUCGUGGAAGCCCCAGAAAUUACUAUCACUCCAGAGACACCGGAAGCACAUAGAAGAUUCGAGGCCAAAGUGUUUGCGUCUUCAAGCACGAGUAUUGAGCAAGAGCGCUUUCAAUCAGCAAACAGUUUAGAGAAUCUGUUGUCGAGAAAGUACAUCAAGCCAAAAACGCGACGCCUGCGUUCAUUGCGAAAGUCAGACGCUGUUGUGACUCCCGCGGGACACCACGGGAAAUACACAAAGAAGGACGACCAAUUUGAAUUUUACGAAAUCUAAUUUGACAAGUAAUUUUUAGAUACUUAACUUAAAACGCUUUGAAUUGAUAUGACGUCAGCUCCCGCACAGUACGAUAAAAUGCGCUUUUGUUGAUGAUCACUGACGUCGAUAAUAAAUGCCAAAACUUUUUCUGGUACUGAAUGGUAAUUCAGUUUUGUUUCCGUACAAAACCGAUUUAUUAUCAAUUUUAAUACAUUUUCCAGCAGCAACAGAUCGUCACCUGCUCGCAGUAACAUUUUUUUUGUUCUGAUUGAGAAACAUGUAUUUAAUCAUGCGAAAUAAAUUACCUGUCACUGCUUUCUAAUUAGGGUUAGGGUUAGGGUACUUGACUCAUAUGAGUAAAGGUUAUUUUACAGAAAUGUUAUGCUACUACAAGAAGGCAUAUCAUUUUCUGACAUAUGGAGAACAAUUGAAUAAUUCAAAGGUGCAAAUAAUUCAGUUAUUAGCGAGCCACUUUAACGCAAACUUUCAUCCAGAUUUGUAUUUAGAUUAUCAAGAGAGUAUUUUGCUUCUGAUUACGCCUUAACUUUAAACAGUAUUUUUAAGAAUUUCAACUUAGUAUGAUGUAGGAAGAGAUUAUUUAAACAAAUGAAACCGCUAAACCCCUUAAAUUCGUUCGUAUAGUUCUCAAAGAGAAGGUAAAAUAACUAUUGCUUUCAGUAAGUGCCGCGUAAAAAUGAAAUCGUAGGAACUACUGAGCUCGCGAAAGAAGUACAAGACAUUUCGAUACAGGAUAAAUCAAACACUUAUUCUCACUUGGUUGUUUCUUAUUCUUUUAGCAAGAGGAUUUGGACUGAUGCUUGAACUUUAAAAGAUAGUCUAAGUAUUUAUUUUUGAGCAUGUCUCAUAUUAAUAAUUUUGUAAGUUAUUAUAAAACGC